CACUGCCUUAAGGAUUGGCAUGGUAUCUUCUUUUCCGCAUGAUCCUAUGAAAUUAGUUUAACCGGGGAUGAUGAGAAAACUUCUAUACUCGUGGAAAGGAAAAGGAUCAUCGCACCUUGUAAAGGUUCGGGCAAGGGACAGGAUCAGAUUCGAUAUGUUAACAUUUGCCAAGUCUUUGUGGCCGUCUGAUUUCGCUCGUGAGCCAAGGUCUUUAAAUGAGCUAGAUUAUUGGAAGGCUACUGAGCUCAGACAAUUUCUUCUUUAUCUUGGUCCAUAUAAUCUUCCAAUCGAAUAUUAUUCUCAUUCCAUGCUUCUUUUUAUCGCUAUCAAUAUAAUGAGAGCUGCCAAAUACAUGCAUCUGAUGGAUGUUGCAAAAAAGUGUUUACCAGACUUAGUGUGUGAUAGUAAAAAGUUAUAUGGCAAGGAAUUUGUAAUCUAUUAUACUCAUUCUUUAUUACAUUUACCAGCUGAUGCAGAGAGAUUGGGUCCCUUGCCUUCUUUUAGUGCAUUUCCAUUUGAAAACUUCUCGAGUAGCCUGAAGAAUAUACUGAUGAAGCCGAAUUCACCAUUACAACAGGUUGUACAAAGGUUGGCCGAAAAAAAUCUUUGA